AAAGCCAGGGGGCCUAAGCGCCGAGACCCUGAAAAAGCCCUCUUAUAAAACCCUUGCUAUAGCCGUCUCUCCCAAAUCACUGCGUUUCCGUCUCUCCUUCUCUCUGAUUUCCUCAAACGCUAGAUUUCGUUUGUUCGAGUUUCGUUACCGAUGGCUUUGCCGAAUCAGCAGACUGUUGAUUAUCCUAGCUUCAAGCUCGUCAUCGUCGGUGAUGGAGGCACUGGAAAGACCACAUUUGUGAAGAGACAUCUGACUGGCGAGUUUGAAAAGAAAUAUGAGCCAACAAUCGGUGUGGAGGUUCACCCUUUGGACUUCUUCACUAACUGUGGAAAAAUCCGAUUUUACUGCUGGGAUACUGCAGGACAGGAAAAAUUCGGUGGUCUCCGUGAUGGUUACUACAUCCAUGGGCAAUGUGCGAUAAUUAUGUUUGAUGUUACUGCCCGCUUGACAUACAAGAAUGUUCCUACAUGGCACCGUGAUCUUUGCAGGGUCUGCGAGAAUAUUCCUAUUGUUCUAUGUGGUAACAAGGUUGAUGUGAAGAACAGGCAAGUUAAGGCAAAGCAGGUUACAUUCCAUAGGAAGAAGAACCUGCAAUAUUAUGAAAUUUCGGCCAAGAGUAACUACAAUUUUGAGAAGCCUUUCUUGUAUCUCGCCAGGAAGCUUGCAGGUGAUCCUAAUCUUCACUUUGUCGAGUCCCCUGCACUUGCUCCACCCGAAGUACACAUCGACUUGGCUGCCCAGCAACAACAUGAAGCAGAGCUUGCGGCAGCAGCGAGCCAGCCUCUUCCAGAUGAUGAUGAUGAUGCAUUUGAGUAAAAAAGAAGUGUUGGGGCGUUUUCACCGGCACUGCCUGAUUAUGUUUGGGGUCUAAACAAUUUCAUCUGUCUUCUUUAAAGUUUUCAA